CAUGCGUUCCUGAAGAGUAUCAAACAUAACAAAGCUUAGACAUCUUACUUUUGUUGUUCUCGAUCUCGAUCGAUUCUCUCUUGCUUAUUAUUAGUUAAGGCCCUCAAACCUACAAACAUAUCUCUCAUCAUAAUGGGGAGUAUCCCACAAGCCAAUGUUCUUGCUACGGAAAGUCCAAAAUCAUUCCUACAAGCCCCUAUCUAUGGGGACUUAAUCACUGUUCUUAGUAUUGAUGGUGGUGGAAUUAGGGGGAUUAUCCCCGGAACUAUUCUUGCCUUUUUAGAGGCUGAGCUUCAGAAGCUGGAUGGUGAGGAGGUGAGACUGGCAGAUUACUUUGAUGUCAUUAGUGGGACUAGCACUGGUGGGAUCGUGACUGCCAUGCUAACCACCCCAAAUCAGAAUGAGGGCAAUCGUCCUCUUUUUGCUGCCAAAGAUAUCAAUAAAUUCUACCUUGAACACUGCCCUAAAAUCUUCCCCCAAGAUUGCAGUUCACCAUUUGCACCUGCUGCAAAUUUGGUUAAAUCCUUUACCGGACCAAAGUAUGAUGGUAGAUAUCUGCAAAAUAUUGUGAGAGAAAAGUUGGGAGGAACCCGAUUGCACCAGACGUUGACAAAUGUUGUGAUCCCAACGUUUGACAUCAAACAACUCCAGCCAAAAGUCUUCUCCUCCUUGGAGGUAAAGAACAACCCCAGCAUAAAUGCUUUGCUCUCCGAUAUAUGCAUUGGAACUUCUGCAGCGCCAACUUAUCUUCCUGCCCAUCAGUUCGAAACUAAAGAUUCCACAGGCAACGUUAAGGAAUUCCAUCUUAUCGAUGGUGGAGUUGCUGCUAACAAUCCGACUUUGGUACCUAUGAACGAAGUGACGAAAGAAAUCACUCGCAAGAACUCUGAUUUCUUUCCCAUAGAGGCAAACGACUUCUCUCAUUUCCUGGUUUUGUCCUUGGGCACUGGUUCCCAAAAAUGUGAAGAGAAGUACCCUGCUCAUAUGGCAGCAAAAUGGGGUCUCCUGGGAUGGUUGACCAGUGAACACUCCACUCCAUUGAUGGAUGUGUUCAUGCAAGCUAGCAGUGAUAUGGUCGACUUUCACAUUGCUACCGUUUUCCAAGCACUUCAAUCUGAAGACAGAUAUCUCCGAAUUCAGGAUGAUACACUAUGCGGGACAAUCUCAUCUGUGGACAUUGCUACAAAAGAAAACUUGGAGAACCUUGUACAAGUUGGGGAAGAAUUGCUGAAAAAACCAGUUUCUAGGGUGAAUUUGGACAAUGGUAAAUUUGAACCUAUAAAAAAUCAAGAUACAAAUGAAGACGCUCUCAUCAGACUAGCUAAAGUGCUAUCUCAGGAGAAGCGACUUCGUGACAUGAAAUCACCAGCUGGAAACCUUGCCGCAAAGAAGAACUGAUCAGUUGGAAGUGUGCUAUACUCCCUGUGGUGUGGUGCCUUUGUGUUUUCCUUUCACUGAGUUUUUACGUGGAGCAAGAAAUUCUUAAGUCUUAAGACGUAUUUAAUCUUCUAUUUUUUCAAGUAUCUUACAAGUAGUUUUGUUUUCGCAUAGUUGAAAUUUUCAAUUCUUUGUUAAUGCUAGGUUUAAUUCCUAGCUUAUAAAUUUUGUAUUCUUUUUAAAA